AUGUAUGCUAUCGCCAAUGAUAUUUUUGAUGGUAAUCGACUGGAUCAUGCUGAGAGCCACAAAAAACGACACAGGAAUCCAUUGGAGUUUCACAAAAAGUUUUCAAGUCAAGCGGCAUCUCCUGUAUGUAACACACUACCGCCUGGCUUGUAUGACUACGGCCAAACUUGCAGCUCCAGCUCCCAAUGUGUCACUGGGUUCUGUUCUAACUCAAGAUGCGCAUGUGCCUCUGGGACUACAUACAUCACAUGCGUCGCUGCUUGUGUAUCUAAUUGCAAUUCAACGAUAACAGCUGCAUCAGGAACAAUAACCAACCCAGGUUAUCCAUCAAGCUACUCUGGGCAAUGUUUCUGGACCAUUCAAGGAUCUACGGGAAGCAUUAUCGCUUUCAACGUAACUUACUUGGACAUGGAAUCUGUCAAUAGCUGUUCAUCAAACUAUCUGGAACUAUUUGACGGGCCUUCAUCAUCCUACAGGACAUUUGGGAAAAUGUGCACAUCAUGGCAGGUGCUGACAGUGUCCACCACAAGCAACAUGUACGUCGUGUUUAGUACAUCAGCAAGUGGACGAUUUCACGCGACAUUUAAAAUACAAGGAACAUCAACAACAUUGCAAGAUGCAUCCGGCUUCAUUGUCAGUCCUGGAUUUCCACUUGUCUAUCUAGAUAACAAAGUUUACGACUGGACAAUCGUGGGAAGAUCCGGGACAUUUAUCAACCUAAACAUUGAUACAUUUAAGCUGGAGGGCACAUUUCCUGAAUGCAAAUACGACUACUUACAAGUUUAUGAUGGAAGUAGCGCCUCAUCUCCCGCUUACCCCAAAUAUUGUGGCAAGAGUGCACCGGGAAUGAUCGUUUCUACAUCAAACUACAUGCACAUAGUUUUUAGAACAGAUGACUCGAGUGUUUAUAAGGGAUUCAAUGCUACCUACUAUACACAAGGCACAGUAGCAACGCUCUACGAGUCAGGAAAAGUGGCAAGUCCGGGUUAUCCAUUAAAUUAUUUGAAUAGGCAGGAUAUCACAUGGACACUGACCACUAGAGCUGGAACAUAUCUAAUUUUAAAGUAA